CACACACACACACACUCUCUCUCUCUCUCUCUCUCGCUCGGUCGCUCAAAAAUAAACAUAAAAAAAAAGAGGAGUGCUCAACAAUACCUCUGGGCAAGAGGCCUCUUAAAAGUCAAUGUCAGAAUAUUCUUUCCUGGAGCCACAUAGCAAGGACCGUUAGGGUGGGCAGAGGGUAGGCCUCAUUACAUUUGGACUAUAGCUGACACCUGCUGGUGCGCCUUCACUUUCUCCUCCUUCCUGGAAAAGCUGCUCUGGCUUCUAGGUUGGUGGAGUCCUACACGGGACCCUACCUCAUGGGAGCUCUCUGGGCAGGAAUUCCCAGGACUGGCUCUUUCUAGCCAAAUGGGGAGGGGUAGUGCCCAGAGUCCCACUUUCCCCCAAAACUAAUUCCUUACAAGUUGUAAAGAAGGCUUCAACCUCUCCUUCCCCACCUCUUCUUCCGUUACCAGCACCAACACCACCAUUGAAACUCCUUGAGAAAACUCCAGCAAACUGGCCCAAGUUAGUAUGUUGUUACCCCUGAUGCUCAGUCUUUUUAUUAGAUCAAGUUUGUCCUUCCCUGUCCCCACUCUCUCAUUCAUUCACAGACGCCCGGGACACUGGGGGCCCUGGGGCAAGCAAAGACAGUAGGAAGGUGGACACUCUCUCCCUAAUCAUGUUCCUGGCUGCUCUAAGAUUAGAAAGUAAUUGAAGAUGUCUGCCUUAAUGUCUUCCUUUCCUCCUUUUCUGUAUGCAUAGCUAGUUACUUUCCUGUUAUUAUCUAAAUAUACAGAGUAGUCUGUGUCAUUUUAUUAAUCUUCCUGUGUAAGCCGCAGUAAAGACUGCAAGCCCAGUCACCAUCCUUCAUUACCAUUCAUUCAGAAAAUAUCUACUGAGCCCGGAUUAGGCGCCCGGCAUUGUUUCAACCACCUCCUCAGCCUGGUCUCCUCCUUAUAUCCCACCCCCCAUGAAAAGCUCAUCACAAUUGCCUGGAAAGUCAUAUAUCCUUUGAUUAAUUCUGUUUUAUUAACCUAAGGAGAAAUAAACCUUUUCUCAACCUCUCAAAUUCUAAUUAUUUUUUUACAGUGGAUUAACUGGGACUUAUUUUGAAACUGCUCACCUAGUCCUAACAGAAUCAGAAAUCAGUUUUUAAAGGGUCGAUCUUUGCUCAUACUUUAAAGACAGAUGCUACCAACUGUAAAAGAAAAAGGUCGUCCUGAGUGGCUAAUGGGGGAGGAGGGGGAGAAAAAAUGUCCUACGGUAGGUAGGUCGGAGCUAACAGCUCCUGCUUUCUAGCUAAUGAAAGUCAAACCAGGAAAUGGGUUUAGAAAUACACAGCGAAUGGGUAGAAAUUAGGAUGCAAAGAGAUCUUUGUAGAGAGGGGUUUCUUUCAGGGGCUUGGUUGGACUUGCUGAUGAGAGCUUUUGCAACUGAAGUUGACUUAGAAAUCAUAUGUGUGUGGGCUUUACAAACCUACACAUAACACCUAUGCUUUUUUAACCAGAAUAGUCAAAAACACACGUAUUUUCACACUGUUUGGUGGAAACUCUGGCGGGCUAUGGAAGGGUGCUGGGGUCACUUCUCGUUUUAUUUACCCCCCUUGGUAGGAGCUGGGGGCAUCUUUCCCACCCCCACCUUGCCCAGCACAGAAUGUCACAUCCUCCUGGAGAGCAGCGCUCAGGCCCAAGCUCCUUUUCUGGGCUUUCUCAGCAGGAAAGUGCACUCCCUCCUCCUCUCUUAGGCUCUCCCUCCAGUGGGAGUGGCGGCGGCGUGGGGGUGUAGCUUUGUGCUCAGGUUUGGGCUCAGGGACUCUGAGCCCUGUGGGAGUAGGGACAUCUGACUUCCUGGGCUUGGGUUCCUUGAGAGCCUCAUUUGCUUCCUCACACCCUGUCCCCUUCACACCAGGGCUGUUUUAUUGUUUUAUAACCUUCUUUAGAGCUUCAGUUGCCAAAGAUUCCGAUGGGGCUAUUCUCCAGUUUCUCACUUUACCAAACCCCAAGUCUUGCUGUUUUAAGCAGUUUGGUCACUUGCAAAGGCUCCCCUUUCAGAUCUAAGCAAAUUAUAGAAACCUCUAGGCAUGUGGCUACCUUCACCUUUCUCACUGAGUCCAUCCACAACAAUACAGAUCCAAGUGUUAACUCCAACUGCCCCCCACAAGCCCACCCAGCCUCUCCCUCACCACCCUUUUUCUGUUGAAGUUUGAACAAAAUCUCAAAUAACUUCUGGUAUAAACAAGUAAGAUGUAACCUUUGAUUUUCCUCUUUAUUUACCACAUCUAGAGCUAGAAAAUGAUUGAAAUAAAGGAGCUGAUGGUACUCACAGUGAAUGCAGCCAAAGAAUCAUAAGACAUGCCCACCAACCAGUCUUUUCGAAAUAGCACUAUCUCCCAACUUAAACAGACUUCUCUGAAAAGAUGCUAUUUGAAAAGCCCAGGGUAUUGAUAUGAAUAUGACCCCCCUUGCAUCCUGAAUAUUUGGAACUAUUUAAGUGUGAGAGAACAGUUUCAGUGAACCUUUAUUUAGUGAAUAAAAGUUUAAAGCCGAAGGUUAUUUAUGGUUGUGCAGAGAUGAGACCUGAGUGGCUAUUUACGAGCACGUGAUUCCAAUAAACUUUGUUUUAUGGCUUGAGAGUUGACAAGCCAAAAUAUAAUUCCCACCAUAAAUUAGGUUAAGAGCAUACAAGUGCAGAUGCUUGGUUCUUGGAGCAGCGAUAGGGAAGUGAGAGGCUCCAGCUAGCGCCAGGCUCAGAAGGAGACAGUUCGACUCCCAGUUCCCCUGCCCACUGGGAGAAAAAAACAGUAAGUCACUUACUACUUUUUCCAGGACAACUCCAGAGCUGGGGGAUUUCUCUGCCUUGUCUUUUCUGCCUGGGGUGAGGAGAAGUCCCAUCGAAAUUAAUGUUCAUUUUAGCCUAAACCUAAAUUAACAAAUAGAAUGGGACUCCUGGGCUCUUCCCCUCCCUUCGGGACAUAGAAAGAAAGUUAGGAACUGAGGGUUCCUACCUCACAAAAGGGACUGACUUACUGUCUCUCUCUCUUCCUCAUAAUGGAGCAUCUGCUUCAGACGGGAAUGAAACUGUGGUAGUCUAGGUGGAGAGAGUGGCGGGGGGGAGGGAGAGAGAGAGAGAAAGGAUAAGGAUGGAGAUGGCUUUGCCUCUGAGAUUUCUCAGAGAAGACUGCCAUCAUAGAAGGGAUGAAAACUUAAAGCUGGACACCAGCCCCUGUGAGGAUCACCGCUUUGCUUUGUGGGCUCUCCAGAAGCAAUACUGACAAAAUACUGCCCGGUCCAUAGAGCUGCAUAACAAUCUAAAGCAUUGCCAUUUACCUUCAAACCCAUCGAUUUUCCUCCUCCUUCGUUAUCAUUUGAAUCCUCAUUUCCCUUGGAAAUUGCUCUUUGUUUUGAAUUGGAGCAGGAGUGGGAAGGCAAGUCCCAGUCAUGCCUGGUCCUUCUUUGGGAAGGAGAAGACAGGUUUGGGGGGCGCUAGUUGGGGCUGAGGAAUUUGAAACUAAUCUGAAACUGGCAAAAGGGGUUGAAUUGCUCCCAGCGCGAGGCAGACAGGGCGCUGGGGCAGGGGACAGAUGCAGCGGCUGCCCCCUCCCCAGUGGACUUGCGCCCACCCGGCUGAUUGUGCAGAAGGAAAAACACAAAGGCCCAUUUUCUCCUCGCUUCCCGUUUUCCCACUGGGGAAACCCUGUUACAGGCAGCCCGAGUCUGGCCAAGCAACCAGUAAGGUUUUGCCCAAGGGUGCAUGGAGUGGGGGAGGUGUUGGGGACCAUACUCUGCUACUCCCCGGGUCUGCCCUUGAGGACUGCGGUCUCCCGCUCCGCUCCGCAGAGAACUUGGCGCAGUUCCUGGGGGCGGCACCCGAAGCAGGGAGGUCUGGGUAUUGGUGGGGUGUCUGGGCCUUGUCAUUUUUCUGUGUAUCCUCUACCUCUGCUUCAUUAUCCUGUGGAAUUUAAGUGACCCCCGUUUUCAUUGCAACAGGUUCGGGACCAUGAGAGGCUGCGGCUGUAAGUACCUUCCCGUUUCUUCCGAAAUGCGAAGAGGCGGUAUUGAUAACUGGGGAGGUGUCGGCAGAAGGGCCGCGCCAGAAGAGUGGGCGGGUGGAAGAAGGGCCCUGACUGCCCUGGCCGGGCGGUGCAAGGGAAGCUCUCUCCGGGGUUGGAGGCUCUAAGUUGAUUGAGCUCCUGGAUGGAUUUUCUGGGGCCUAGUUCACAGUCACCUAUCCAAGAGAGCACACCGCAGGCUCUCACCCUUGUCUCCUUGGGCCUCUCUGGACCUUCUGGGCCUCCCCGGGCCUCCCCAGCUCGCACAGGUGCAGCUCCGCAGCAGCCUAUGCUUCUGUUAGGAGCUUGCAGCUAAUUAGCAGCCCGCUCUAUUAACAAGUUGCGGCGAGCAUCGCUUUCUGCUCGAACCAACCUGCUAAACACCAAAGCAAUGCGAUUCUCUUCCGCCCCCCCCAGCCUAGCUUAACCCGUUCCAGCCUGGCGCAGUCUUCUCUUUUCUUCUUUUGUUUUUAAUAAAAAGACGAAGGAAAGAAAGAAAAACGUAACCCUCUAUGGCUCCGGGUGUGUGCAGUUGGCCCGCUUCCGGGAAGGAAGGGCUGCGAAUUCUGAGCUGUAAGUGGAAAAUCCCUCCUCGCCCCUCCCCCGGCCACAGCUCCAGACGUUUGGGCUGUGGGCUGGGGACACGGGCUGAGCAAGGAGGGAGAGAUACGAAGCUUCUGGUUCACUUCUGCUUCUCUGUAACUGCAAUUCGAGAAUUUUCGCGCCAGAGCCGCUAGUGUUGCAAGCAAACGUGGUUUUGGUGGUGGUAGUAGUGGUAGGGUUGCGGUGGGGGCAGAGAUUCUUGGGGUCCUGGGCUCAGAACUUUGGAUCUUUCUGAGUUGCAUGUGCGGCGGAAGACAGGUACAUUUCUGAGGAGGCCUGUGGGGUCUCCAGGAAGACUGGAGAACCAAGGAAAAGAUAGUGACCCUUCCCUUACUGCAAAAUGGAGAUGACUUUAUUUUAAUGGGAGGUGGAAUGAAGGAAGGCGGUAGGAGCCAGGCACCCAUCCUCUCUGGUGAGACACCCUCUCCUCAGGGUGGAAGAAACUGGUGCUUGGCUCUGGGCCAGGUUUCUUUGCCUUCCAGGAUGGGCAGCCUAGUUGACUUCCCGGGGGCUGUGUUCAUACCCAGGAGUGGAGAUACCGCCCAGUUCAUAAUUCCUCUCUAUUAAUCAGGCUGGCUUAAGUGAAACUGACUCUGGGCUCCAGGCUGGAAAAUCUGGUGUCCCCAGGACACCCUGGUUUUGCCCCCUUCCUGCUGCUGCCCCUGCUCUGGGUGCUUAUCUCUGCCAGGGCUCUUCGCUUGCAAACCCAUUCGGCACCCUGUAGCUGAACACAGCACAAAAAGCCCGAGAGAUCAAAAGCAUUUGUAUGGGCAGUUGAGCGGGAGGUGAAUAUUUAACGCUUUUGUUCAUCAAUAACUCGUUGGCUUUGACCUGUCUGAACAAGUGGAGCAAUAAGGUGAAAUGCAGGUCACAGCGUCUAACAAAUAUGAAAAUGUGUACCCUUACCCGGGUCCCCACCCGGCCCAGCAGGCUCCCCCAAUUUGUCUGGAUAAAGCCUAGGCCCAGUGUCCCCAGGCAGGUGGGUAUGUGGGAGCACUCGGCAUUAGGGGCAGUUGGGGGGAACCACCUCCUUCAACAAGGAAAUUUGGCUUGGGGCAGCCUCAGACUCUGGUUAGAAUUGGCACCCAGGAAAUCCCUACAAAAUAGCCACAGCACUGGAACCAAAGGAUGGGGGGUGGGGUGGGGAGCAUGCAAAGUGCAGAGUAGAAGCAGGCAGCCAAUUUUGCCAGGCUGAGAGGCAGAAAGGCGUUUCUCUGCUCUACCCCACCAGAUGAAGGCUGAGGCUGAAACUAAUUUUUGAAUCACAAGGAGGAAAUUAAAACAAUCAAAAAAAUUUUUUUCUAGCACCUCUGGCCUAUGCUCACAGAUCCAAAAGCCGGACUUGAGCCCGGGGCAUCCUUCUGCCCCUGAAAUCCAUCCCGGCCCUGAGUGAGUCUGUGUUCUUGGUGCCCUAAACCGAGGGGUGAGCCCUAGACAGCGCUGAGGCACUGGGGCGGGCGGGUGCAACUCAUGAACUUUUGUACUCUUGUGUGCUGCUGUCGGCAAAGCAAAAAUAAUGAAACUUUGUGAUAUGUUUGUAAAUGAUUUCGAAUGACCCCUCGCCCUGCCCUUCACCAUUAGCACGCCGACCCCAGCCCAGGGCAGCUUGGUGCCUGCAAGCAGUGCCUGCCGCAGGGUCUGCAGCUCAGGACGGAGAGGCCAGCCCGGCACAGGGCCCAGGAAGGUAAAUGCAAGACCUCUUGGGGAACUAGCUUGGUCAGCCAACCUGGCUUGCCCCUGCACUGGGAAGAAGAAUGGGCAGAGGAUAUUCUCCUCUUGCAUCUUUUCUCCUGCCACUAAGGGCAUUUGCUCCUUUCUGGAAAAUACCACUUGAUAAGGGGGAGGGGGUGGAUCUAGAGAGGAGGGUAAUAAAGCCCCCAUUUCUGGGAUGGAUUAUUUUUUCUUCUUUUCUUUCUUUCUUAAGAAGAGUGUCCUGUCUCCUUGGCUGCUCGGUAACUCCGGCCCUGGUGCAAGGAUGGGGAACUCGUUGCUGCAAAUUGUCACCGAGCUCUUCAAGCUACCUGAACCCUCUCUGAAAGUGCGAGUGGCUGCGUCGGGCCGGUGAUGGCUCCGAGGAAGAGGCCGGGGCUGGCAGCGGUCUGGGUACCCACUCUAGGUGAAACCCGGAGGUAGUAACGUUGUCUAUAUAUACCCUGUAGAACCGAAUUUGUGUGGUAUCCACAUAGUCACAGAUUCGAUUCUAGGGGAAUAUAUGGUCGAUGCAAAAACUUCAUGUUUCUCCGAAAUAGCCAUAGUCGGAAGCUGAGGCCAGAGGCAGCCGGGUGCGGGUCAGUUUCCUUUCUGUUUUAUUACCUUAGACUCCAGGAAGAUGGACUGAGCCUGCUGACACGGGGGGAGCCUUUUCCCCGAAGCCCCUCACGUUUAAACAGAGGUUCCCCUGUAAACCCUUAAUUGGUUGCAUGAAUGCAGGGCCAAAGGGCUAGCUUUUGGGGAACUGGGGAGCAAGGUGGAAAGCCAGGUAGCCCCAGCCCCAACUCUGCCCUCAAGGAGCAUGAAGUGAGGUCAGAAGGUGCCCAGUGAGGAGGCUCACAGAUCGUUGACUGCCACGUGGGAAAAGGGAGUGCAGGGUCCUUUGGAGCCUAUCUGGGUGAGGUGGGGGUGCCAUCCUCACCUUCCAGACCCACCCCUCAGCUCUAUGAGCUGGGUGGAGGGCAGUCUUGCCAUACCUGUAAGACCGACUUUGGCUAAAAGCACUCCAUCCUGGGCACUCACAGCAAGCUUGGCAGUUACUCAUCGCCUGAUUUGAUUCGGGCCCGCCAGACUGUUGUAACUUUUGGGUGACCCUGAGGAAGACAAAGCCGGGACUCGGCCUUUGUAUGGCAGAGUCCCCGUUCCCGCGGGCGGGAGCCCUGCCUGCCUGGGGUACUCUGCCCAACUCAGAGGCUGCCUCACCCACCGGCCUUCUGGCAUUCUGCAGCCUGACAGAGUUGGGGUUUCAUUCCCCCUUGAACUGUACCCAUUUUGGGGGGCUGUGUUUCAGCGGGGGUGAGUGGAGAGGACACUGGAGGUUAACAAAGUCAGUGGCAGACAAAAGCUGGGAUUACCUGCCAGGAAUGAGGGUGCGGGGAAUUGGAGAACUACACUAACAUCUGGCGGGGGCCCUCAAAUGUGCCAUGGCGAGUCACUUGAUUACACGUAUGUUAUUUAGUUAAAUUUGUGAAAAUUAUGAGAUGCUCACCAACCCGGUGAUAAACUCGCUUCCUCGCUAUUGGCUGGCUUGGUCACAUGGCCGCCAACUUUAUUCAGUUGACAGCAAGUAGGAGGGCCCUAUGGAAGGAGAAAAAAAGACAACACGAGAAAAAUUAGUAUUUUCUACCUUCUGAAAUUAAUGGCCAUGAGUUCGUAUAUGGUGAACUCCAAGUAUGUGGACCCCAAGUUCCCUCCGUGCGAAGAAUAUUUGCAGGGCAGCUACCUAGGCGAGCAGGGCGCCGACUACUACAGCGGAGGCGUGCAGGGUGCAGACUUCCAGCCCCCGGGGCUCUACCCACGGCCCGACUUCGGUGAGCAGACCUUCGGAGGCGGCGGGCCCGGGCCCGGCUCGGCGCUACCCACGCGGGGUCACGGGCAAGAACCCGGCGGCCCCGGCGGCCACUACGGAGCCCCAGGAGAGCCGUGCCCCGCGCCCCCGGCGCCGCCGCCCGCGCCUCUGCCCAGCGCCAGGGCCUGCAGCCAGCCGGGCGGCCCCAAGCAGCCGCCCCCCGGGACGGCACUCAAGCAGCCCGCGGUGGUCUACCCAUGGAUGAAGAAGGUGCACGUGAAUUCGGUGAACCCCAACUACACUGGCGGGGAGCCCAAGCGGUCUCGGACGGCCUACACCCGGCAGCAAGUCCUAGAACUGGAAAAAGAAUUUCAUUUUAACAGGUAUCUGACCCGGCGCCGUCGGAUUGAAAUUGCUCACACCCUGUGUCUCUCUGAGCGCCAGAUCAAGAUCUGGUUCCAGAACCGGAGGAUGAAGUGGAAAAAAGACCACAAGCUGCCCAACACCAAAGGCAGGUCCUCGUCCUCCUCCUCUUCCUCCUCCUCCUGCUCCUCCUCAGCUGCCCCAGGCCAGCAUUUGCAGCAGCUGGCCAAGGACCACCACACGGACCUGACGACCUUGUAGAAGUGGGGACCCUGGGCCCAUUCCUCCCUGCGCUCCCGGCUGAGCCGAAGCUGCGGGGGCAGGCCAGGCUUGCUGUCACCUCCCUGGGCUCUAAGGUACUGUGGGGUGGACCUGGGAUAUGCAGGCCGCCCUCGGACUAGGUUAGCAUCCUGCCCGAGGGCAGCCCCCUCCCUGAAGCGGGAUGGGGGUGGGAGGGGGGCGGGAUUCUCUCUCUAAGUAUAUUAUCAUAUGGCAGGAGCUACUGAGAACAUAAACCUUGGCGAGUCAUUAAACUUAUGAAAAUCUCUGCUGUUGGAUUUUGAAUUUGCAAAUGAAGGUUGGAUGCUUUAUCCCAGUGUGAAUUUGAACAUCCUCCCCCACCCCACCCCUCCAGGGAUCUUGGUGGCUUAAUAAAGUGGGGGAGUUGAGGCAGCAGGUUGGCCAUCCCUGUGCUAGGUGCUUUCAGUGGAAACAGGAAAGCUGGGCCAGGAUUUCUGAACUUUCUGGGUUAUCUGUAUAAUUUCCGGUGUGAAAAAAAUAUUUUGCUCCCGGUGGCCCCAUGCCCAAAGAAAUGAGUCUAAGAAGGAAGUGGAAAUGGGUUGGGUUAUUUUAUGUUUAGAUUAUAUUUGCUUAAAUAUUUAUUUGUUGGGGGAUGGGGGACAGAAAUAACUGACAUCUUAAUGCCAAAAAUCUUAAGAAGGUGAAAGGGGCUGAGUUUCAGGGAGAAGAAUCAGAGAUGUGUGGACUAACUUCUGGCUCUAACCGGCAUUUUGAACUCCACCCCUCCCCACUCCCCGGAAAUGUGUGUAGGGGGCCCUUAACCCUUUUAGAGGGAAGCAAAGGGUCCACUCAAAGUUGAGUUCUUGAAAAUAUAUUUCCACAUGUGCUUUUUUCAGCACUGUGCUUACAACUAGUUCUGGGUGAUUAAAGGAAAGGGAAAAGAGAAAGAAACAAAUGGUCCAACAUUUUCCUUCUGGGGAAAGAAAACAACACCUCUAUGUUCUGGGUCAUUAGAUAGUGACUGAAUUUUCUAUUCCAACUGGAUUCCAAAUGCUGGAUUCCAAAUAACCCAUGUAGCAGUAUUUUAUAGGAAUUGGUGUACGGCCUAUAUGGGAGAGGGGGUGUGUGGUGGGGAGAAAGUGGGAAGGUGGGGAAAUCUUGCUGUAAAAAAGAAAGAGAAAACUAAUUGAAUCUAGAAGCCCACAAAAGUUGGUCUUAGGGUUUUUUUCCCUGAAGUUUUUUUUAUUUUUUAAACAAGUGUAAGGAAGUUUUUCUCAACCCAUUGAUUAGAAGCAGAGAUUGUAAAAGUAUAAAAGUUUUAGGCCCUCCUCCUUGCCUUAAGAAUAGUGGUUUCAUAACAAUCACUCUCAAACAACAGAGGAGUGAUGUUCUUUAGUCAUUUUUCUUAUGCCUUGCCUGAGGAUUCAGGGCUCAUUUUUCUAAAAUGCUGACCCUUAAGGCUAAGGGGUGGGGGUGGGGGGGGGAAGAGUCAAAGGGAAUGGCCAGAGUUCAUAUACUCAAAUGAAACAGACUUUGGAAGUUUAAACCCCAAAGCUGUGGGCUCCAAAAAGAAACCCCUGGUUGUAGCUACCAAAAAGUGACAAAAGAGGGGAGGGAAAAAGGAUGAGCUUGAAAGAGAGAUUAAGAAUUGGAGCUAUUUUUUUUUUCAGUGCUUCAGAAUGCUUUAUAAAGUUCAGAGAUAAUUUUUAAAAUAUAUUUAAGUGGAGGGAGAAGAAAAAAAGACUUUUUCUGCACGCAUGUUCUUUGGUGUCUCCUGAGAGCUGAGAGCAGGUAUUCACUGGAGUCCCUAGGCUGAAAUUCCACUUCUCUAAAGUAUCUUCCAAGCCUUGGUCUUUUGUAUUAGACCCUGGGGACAGCUCUUUGUUCCUCCUUGGGGUGAGCCUGGCUCUCAGACUUGCACAUGGCAAUACUUGAAUAUCGCCACGUCGGGAUAUUAAAGAUGGAUAUUCCUGCAUUAUUCGCAUCAUUGUUUCUAUGACAAAAAGCAAAGAGUUCAUACAUAGUCAAGACGUCUUUUUUCUGACGCCCUCACGUUGAGAAGCUGAAAAGGUAUUUUACUGAAGUUCGGCUAAAUUACAGAAUCAGGUUCAUCCAGAGGACAAAUUUUCUAUUCGAUUAGCUGUAUUUCAGCCGGGAGGACUGACCUCUAAACCCUUAACCUUUUGGACUCUAACUACCCUUCUCUUCUUUUUUUCCCCCUCUAAUGGGGAGAGCAGUCUUUGGAUGUAGCAUUUGAAAAGAGCCGCUAUCGUUAGAGGCAAGUUGGAAAGUUGCUAAGAUUCUUUCCUAAAGCCCAAAUCUGUGAAUUUAUUGAACCUUCUUCUUGGGAGGGGGGAAAAGUAUAUAUUUUCACGACACCCAACUACAUAUAUAUUAUAAAGAUUAUUAUAUAGAUUUCCCCAUUCCCAGAAGUUCAGGUUAUCUACCCCAGCUUCAGACCAAAUGCCAAAACUGCUUCACUGACUUCACCCAUGUCCCAGAGGAAAGCCAAGAGGCAUGUUUUGAUGAAGAAAACCCACCUUCUUCUCAAACAUAGCUUCACUACUUUGAAAAGUAACUUAAUCAGAGAAACAACUUCUUUGUUUAUAAGUCUCAGUUCUCCUCAGUUUCCAGGGAUUGUCUUUUGAAAUGUUAAUGGAGCUUGGAUGGCCCAGGGGGCAGUCCUCAACCCUGUGGUCCCAAUCGGACCCCAGCGUCCAUUUGGGCCCACAGGAGUGGGGCAGGGGAGAAGCAGCAGCACCGCCCCCCUCCCUUCUCAAAACCACCUAGGGCAGGGAAGGAAAUGAGUUUCCAUCUGGGAACAUACUCUGGAGAAACCUAGAUGUGGAAAGGCUCAGUGCCCAUUUGCUUUCAUUUGUUUCCAGUUUGUUCCCCCAAAUAUGAGCCAGAAGUGUUUGUUUUGGUGGUGUUGUUUUUUUUUAAGCUGUGUUGGGGUCGUGACUGGGGAGGAGUGAAGUGUUUACCGAGGACAUUGCUCCUCAGACUCCCAUCUCACUUUGUCCAUUGCAGCCUUUUGUUGGGAGAUGACAUUGUCUGUCAGCCCCAUGGUGUCUGUUCACACAGGAUGCUUUUUUAAUAGAAUUGACCAAUGUUCUGCUGCCACUGAUUAAAGUAUUAUUUAUACUAAUUGUUGCCUGUAGUUUUGAUGUAAUUCAUUGAUCUAUAUUUGAAAUAAUAAAAGGUGUAGCGAAACUUC